AUGAGCUCAAAGUCAGCAGCAGCUAUAUUGCAACGGCAAUUCAAGGACUUGACCGACCCCAAAAAGCGCAUCCCUUCCUUCCACAUUGAACUCGACGACGACAACAUCUUUUUGUGGAACAUCGGCGUCAUGGUGCUCAACCCCGACUCGUUGUACCACGGAGGCUACUUCAAAGGCCAAAUGAGGUUCCCGCCAGAUUUCCCCUUCCUGCCCCCUUCGUUCCGCUUCACCCCAGCAAUAUACCACCCCAAUAUUUAUAGAGAUGGAAGAUUAUGCAUCUCCAUCUUACACCAAGGAGGAGACCCCACCUCGGACGAGCCCGAGUCGGAAACUUGGUCGCCCGCGCAAACGGUGGAGAGCGUAUUGAUCUCCAUCAUCUCGUUGUUGGACGACCCCAACGGCAACUCGCCUGCAAACAUCGACGCGCUGGUUGAGUUUAGGAAAAACUUUGAAGAAUAUAAAAAGAAGGUGCAAAAGGAGGUGGAAAAGAGCCAGCGGAAUAUUCCCGAGGACUUUGUGAUGCCCGUGGAUGCUGAUAACGCGUAUGAUAACCAGCAACUGAAGAAAACGGGCCCAACCGAAGAAGAACACGUUGAUGAGGAUUUCUGGUACGACUCCGAGGAAGAAGAAAGCUUUGAUGAGGAGAGCUUGAUGGACCGCGAUGACGAUGAGGAAGAAGAGGAAGAUGAAGAGGAGGAAGAUGAAGAAGAGGAGGAUUUGAAUAUGAAGUCGUAG